AUCAGUGCGGAGGAAAAUGAACUCGGCCAUGUCGUGCUAAACACAGGCUGAAAGAAAACAUUAAAUCAGAUCACCAAAAUCGCUCUUCAGUCGGGUGAAACCGAGCGCAAAGAAGGCCAGAGGAGUCGAAUAUUCGCGUGGGAGUGAAAUAUUGCAGGAAAAUGAGCGGAGGGACGCCUUAUAUCGGCAGCAAGAUCAGUCUGAUCUCAAAGGCCGAGAUCCGAUAUGAGGGAGUUUUAUACACCAUCGACACUGAGAACAGCACUGUAGCUCUGGCUAAAGUGAAGUCUUUUGGCACUGAGGAUCGUCCCACAGACAGGCCUAUCCCACCUCGAGAUGAUGUCUUUGAGUACAUCAUAUUUAGAGGAAGUGACAUCAAGGAUUUGACAGUGUGCGAGCCGCCCAAACCCACCUGCAACCUUCCUCAGGAUCCUGCAAUCGUGCAGUCCUCUUUGGCAUCCACCGCCGGCCCCACAGCACCUUCCUUCCAGUCAUACAGCCCCUUCAGUCGGGCCCCGUACAGCCAGUUCAGUUCCACUCCGCUGGUACCGCAGGCAUUCGGAGCCGCAGUUACAGCCGGAAGCAGCUCAGGUCCUGCGUUCAGUAGCGAGGCGAGCACUACUGCCCCUCUUUCCCCUCACUCUCGCUCGCUGAGUGCUCACAAACCCGAAGGUCGUUCCAGCCCAUCUCUAGAGCCCUCGAGGAAGACCCCCACCCUGGAGCAUGCUGUCCAGACGGCUCCGGUCGCUCCACCUGCGGCUACCACCAGUGCAGUGAGCCAGAAGCCUGCAGCCACCCGACCCAUCCUCCUCACCCAGAAAUCCGCUGAAAUCCAGGAGCUGAAAGCAUUGGAAGCUCAGAAGGUUCCUCGGCCUGAAUUGGUCAACAGGCCUGACAACAAAGACCCAAACAAACGGCACUCUGGAGGAGGUGGUGCUCCUCUAAUGAGGAGGGGGCGGGGCAGCGGUGGUGGAGGUGGUGGUCAGCGUGGGCGGGGCAGGUUUAAUGGCCGUAGAGAUGGACCAAUGAAAUUUGAGAAGGAUUUUGAUUUUGAGAGUGCAAACGCCCAGUUCAACAAGGAAGAAAUUGACCGCGAGUUCCAAAGCAAACUGAAGAUUAAAGAUGAGAAGUCAGAGAAGACUCUGAAUGGAGAGGAGAAGACUGAUUCAGGUGUGGAGACCCAAAACAGUGAAGGAAACGCAGAUGAAGAGGAUCCACUGGGACCCAACUGCUAUUAUGACAAAUCAAAGUCCUUCUUUGACAACAUCUCCUGUGACGACACCAGAAAGGAGAAAGCAGCAGGUGCUUUUGGAAGGGAAAGGAGGCAGACCUGGGCGGAGGAGAGGAGGAUGAAUGCGGAAACGUUCGGUAUUCCGCUGCGUCACAAUCGUGGCCGUGGCGGUUUCCGUGGCCGAGGUGGUGGUAUGGGUUAUCGUGGCGGACGUGGGCGUGCAGCCAGCAGGGGCUCCUUCAUGCCCUCCCGUGGGGGCGGGUCUGGAUUUGGGGGCGGAGCUGGAUUCAGGGGCGGAUUCAGAGGUGGCAGAGGAGGACGAGAGUUCUCUGACUUUGAGUACAGGAAGGAGAACAAAGUGGCGGCGUAGUCCAACCCGAAGGCCAGAUCAUCCGAACAGCCAAG